GCAGGACCUCCCACCCCUGCCGGCUGAGACUGUUCUUGAGAGCGCCCCUCCGGCUCCCGCCAUGAGGCUGGUCCUGUCGCUCCCCGUGCUGGUGCUGACGCUGAUGGUAGCUUUGGAAGGCUCAGCCCCUGCCCAGGCGGCGCCCGACUUCAGCACCUUGGAGCGCAUCCCGGAUAAACUAAAGGAGUUUGGGAACACCCUGGAGGACAAGGCCCGCAAGGCUCUUGAGAAAAUCAAGCAGAGUGAGAUCACCACCAAGACUCGGAACUGGUUUUCCGAGGCCUUCAGCAAAAUGAAGGAGAAAUUCAAAUCGACCUUCUCCUGAGCCCUCGGGCGUCGCCCACAGCACCUGGCACGAGGACGGGCUCCACAUGGCUCUCCCUUCUCCUCCUGCCCCCCACCACACACCCCAAUAAAAAUCCCUUUGAGAGU